AUGCAUGCAUCUGGAGGGGAAAUUCAUGCUAAGCUCAAACAAGGCACAAAUUGUUUGGUUGUGGGUGCGGAGUUGGAUUGUGAAGGUCACGAUGGGUUGGAGUAUAAAGAUCACUUUCAGAUCAUAAGAGCAAGGAAGUUGGGAUUACCAAUUUUGAGACUAGAUUAUCUGACUGACUGCACCAAAAGGCAGAAAAGGCUUCCACUUGGUCAAUACUUAAUUGAAUCCUCUUAUAAAGAUUCCAGAGGUUCAGUAACAAUGAAGGUUAAUGGGAACUGUGUUGUGCACGAAACAUCUGGUAUGCAAGGUUACAGUCACAUUCUUGAGGGUGCAAAAUAUAUCUACAGCACAACAUUAAACAAGUCUGACUUAUCAAUUGGCGUUAAUAGUUAUUACGUAAUGCAAAUCAUUCAAGAAGAUAAAAGGACAAAUUGUUAUCUGUUUCGUGAAUGGGGUCGGACCGGAAAUGAGCAGAUUGGUGGAAACAAACUUGACGAAACGUCAAAAGCUGGUGCCAUUAGAGAAUUUAAGCGUUUGUUUCUGGAGAAAACAGGGAAUCAUUGGGAAGCAUGGGAGAAAAAAGAAAAUUUUCAGAAACAACCUGGCAAAUACUUCCCGCUGGACAUCGAUUAUGGGGUUUCCGAACAGGUUUUAAAAAUCAAGGAACCCCAACUGCCGAGUAGUCGACUUGCUCAACCUGUACAAAAUUUGAUGAAGAUGCUCUUCAAUGUUGAAACAUAUAGGUCUGCCAUGAUAGAAUUGGAGAUUGAUAUGUCAGAAAUGCCUCUUGGCAAGCUAAGCAAAAGUAACAUCCAGAUGGGUUUCAGUGCAUUAACAGAUAUACAGAAUUUACUAGCAAGUAACAAUCAGGAUCUCUCUGUUAGAGAAAGUUUGCUUAUUGAUGCAAGCAAUCGCUUUUUUAGUAUAAUCCCUUCAACUCAUCCGCAUGUAGAAAUGCUAGAAGCUCUCCAGGACAUUGAAAUAGCAUCCAGGAUAAUUGGGGUCAAUGCCGAAUGUGACGAGUCCCUAGAUGCGAAGUAUGAGAAGCUCCAUUGUAAUAUUCAUCCACUUCCUCACGACAGUGAUGAUUAUCUAUUGGUUGAGAAGUAUCUUCUUACUACUCAUGCCUCAAGGCACAAGGAAUGGACGCUUGAACUGGAAGAUGUCUUUGCACUUGAUAGAGAAGGAGAAUUUGAUAAGUUUGCACCCUAUAGAGAAAAGCUUCAGAAUAAAAUGCUCCUCUGGUAUGGAUCCCGUCUGACGAACUUCGUGGGUAUCCUUAGCCAUGGACUGAGAAUAGCGCCUCCUGAAGUUCCAUCAUCGGGUUAUAUGUUUGGCAAAGGAAUUUACUUUGCUGACCUGGUGAGUAAAAGUGCCCAGUACUGCCACACUAGUAAUUGGAACCCAGUAGGUUUAUUGCUUCUCAGUGAAGUGGCAUUAGGAGAUAUUUAUGAGCUCAAAGAAGCUAUGGACAUGGAUAGACCUCCGAAAGGAAAGAACUCAACCAAAGGAUUGGGAAAGAAGGCACCACACAAAUCAGAUUAUGUGACAUGGAAGAACAAUGUAGUCGUGCCUUGUGGAAAACCUGUCUCGUCGGACGCUAGGACCUCUGAACUAAUGUAUAAUGAGUACAUUGUCUAUGAUGCUGCUCAGGUUAAGAUGCAGUUCUUAGUGAAAGUAAGAUUUCAUCACAAGAUAUAA